GCUUUAGCAGAUUGUAUGAGAAAACGAAGAAAAAAGGUUCCUAGAUUUUCAUUGGAACACAAUGGUCCCCUUGUCAUUUAUUAUAUUUUCUGUUUUUUAUUGCUCAUGUAACGUUCCUCCCUGAUAUCCCUAUAAAAAUUGGCAAUAAUCUCAAGAAAAUAAUGUGCAUAGCAAAAGAGAGAGUCAAAUGGGAAAUCCACAUGUUUUGGUUAUACCCUAUCCAGUACAAAGCCAUAUAAUUCCUUUAAUGGAGCUUGCACAAUCCUUGGCCAAAGAUGGCAUCAGAAUUACAUUUGUAAACACUGAGUAUACUCAUAAGCAAGUCACAGAAGCAUUGGUAAAGAACGAAGGUGUAGGGAAUCAAGUUCAUCUUGUUUCAAUACAAGAUGAACUUGAAUCUCCGGAGGACAGGAAUCAAUUAGAGAAGCAUGUCGAAUCAGUCCUCUGGAUCAUGCCAAAGAAAGUCCGGGAGCUCAUGGAGCAAAUUGAUUCAUCUAACAGUGAUAAGAUCACUUGUAUUGUUGCAGAUCAAAAUUUUGGAUGGGCCAUGGAAAUUGCAGCCGAGAAGGGUCUAAAGCGAGCUUUCUUCUGUUCCACUGCAGCCACACACUUGGCUUUAAGAUUUAGCAUUAAAAAGUUGAUCGAUGAAGGAAUAAUAGAAAAUGAUGGAACUCCAACGAAGAAACAGAUGUUUCAGUUGUCACCAACCAUGCCUGCCAUGAACACAGCACACUUUGGGUGGGCCUGCAUUGGCAACAAGAAAGUACAGAAAUUGUUUUUUGAAAAUGUGAUUAGAAAUAAGAGAGCAAUAAACUUAUCAAACUGGGUGCUUUGCAAUUCAACUUAUGACCUUGAGCCUGCAGCAUUUAACUUUGAUCCUAAGUUCAUACCAAUAGGCCCACUUUUGGCAAGCAACCGCUGUGGAAUCUCUGCAGCAAGCUUCAGGCAAGAAGACUUGACUUGUUUGAAAUGGCUUGAUAAACAACAACCGCAAUCAGUCAUAUAUGUUGCAUUUGGUGGUACAACUAUUUUUGAUCGAACCCAGUUCCAAGAAUUGGCCAUGGGGCUUGAACUCUCCAAUAGACCAUUCCUCUGGGUUGUGCCUCCUGAUUGCAUAGAUGGCAUGAGUGAUCCCUUUCCGGAAGGAUUUCAAGACAGAGUCGCGACUCAUGGGUAUAUAGUUAGUUGGGCGCCUCAACAGAAGGUUCUGGCACAUCCUUCCAUUGCUUGUUUUGUAAGCCACUGUGGAUGGAACUCCACCAUGGAAGGUCUAAGCAAUGGUAUCCCUUCCUUGUGUUGGCCUAUGUAUGGAGACCAGAUGCACAAUGAGAAUUACAUUUGCAAUGUUUGGAAGGUUGGAUUGGGGUUCAACCGAGAGGAAAAUGGGAUAAUUAUGCGAGAAGAAAUUAAAAAUAAAGUGCAGGAACUGCUUAACAAGGACAUAUACAAGGCAAAUGCUUGGGACCUCAAGGAAAAGAUGAUGAAUAACAUCAAAGAAGGUGGAGCCUCCUACAAUAAUUUUAAGCAUUUUGUUGAAUGGCUGAAGGCCUAAGAAAA